CAGGAUGAUGGAGGCAUUGAGUUCUUCAACACUAUCGUAGUCCAGCCUCAUCUAAAACUAGUAACCAAUCAGGGCAAAGGGUUUCACAUUAGGUGCAGAUACAAGACGAGGAAUAAUACCGUGCUCAAUGAUCCCCAUCAGCAAAUAGAUGUAACAUCUGCCGACCCAGGUAGUUUAACUCCCAUGCCUGGUUGCAGUAUGAAAAUUUUUUCUGGAGAUCCCACGCAAAAAGAGGUAGCCGAAAACGUUAAAAUUGGAGAUCCGCUAUCUUUAGUAGUGGCUAUAGAUGAACAAGAUACCUAUGGCAUCCGGGUAACAGACUGUUUAGUGAGAGAUGGUUUAGGAUGGGGAGAACAAAGACUCAUCGAUAUAGAUGGCUGUCCUGUUGAUCCAGAAAUCAUGGGCCUAUUCCAGUACAGCGAGGAUAACACCAAAGCUUCCGUGGAGUUCCAAGCCCAUAAGUUCCCCUACACUGCCUCUGUGUACUAUCAGUGCAACGUUAAGCUGUGUUUGAAAGCUGAAAAUGGAUGUGAAUUACCGACGGUUGAGGAAUGCAAUUCUCCAAAGCGGAGGAACAGGCAACGUCGCCAAGCAGCGGGUGGGUCAUCCGAAGGAAAUAUAUCUGCGACGGAAGGAGGCACUCCAGCUACUAUAGAAGUAUACAGCGGCCUCUACGUCAACGAAGCUAACGACCUCGCGAAAGCAGAUGAAGACGAUUCUGUCUUCAGUGAAAAGGACGAGACGAUAUUUAUUCUUCAAAAUGAAUUCACAAAUGGCCGAUGAUGACGUUAAGGGAAAUAAUGAAGACGACACCGAUAGCUUACACUACGACAGCAGUAACGAAGGUGCAGAAAACGCGAUUAUUGAUUUGGACAGUUCUCAUGAAGAAAUUCAUUCGGAUAGACACACGUCACCAAUUGCAGAAGUUAAGAAGAAAGUAUUUGUAUCUCCAAAAAAAUCUGCCCCAAAACGAAAAGCCGGGGAAGAUCCGCGUAUAAAUGCUGCAUAUCAAUAUUUAAAGAAAGCUGCUGAAAGGCCUCAAGAAAGUAAAGAUGAAUGUGCAUCAUAUGGUGAAUAUGUGGCACAUAAACUGAGAAAACUAGAUGACCGCCACCGAGCUAUUGCACAACAUAAGAUUAAUCAUAAUUUGUUUGAAGUAGAAAUGAUGCAUUUGUCAGCCCACGCACAGACCUCUCAGCAUACCCAAGUUUUCCCAUCCAUGUCCUCAACCCAAGUUUUCGAACCGCCAAUUACACAGACUCAUAUAGCACGCUCUCCUUCAUUUGAAACGUAUAACAUGCCAAGAUACCAACGUACAGCGCAAGCUCCCGC